AUGUGGGAACUCCGAUCCAUAGCCUUCUCCCGGGCCGUGUUGGCUGAAUUCCUGGCCACACUCCUUUUCGUUUUCUUUGGCCUUGGCUCAGCCCUCCAGUGGGCCAGCUCCCCGCCAUCUGUGCUUCAGAUCGCUGUGGCCUUUGGCCUGGGCAUUGGCACCUUGGUUCAAGCUCUGGGCCAUGUCAGCGGGGCGCACAUCAACCCUGCUGUGACUGUGGCCUGCCUAGUGGGCUGCCACGUCUCCUUCCUUCGAGCUGCCUUCUAUGUGGCUGCCCAGCUGCUGGGGGCUGUGGUCGGGGCUGCGAUACUCCAUGAGAUUACUCCAGUAGAAAUCCGCGGGGACCUGGCAGUCAAUGCUCUCCACAACAACGCAACAGCAGGCCAGGCGGUGACCGUGGAGCUCUUCCUGACCCUGCAGCUGGUGAUCUGCAUCUUUGCCUCCACGGAUGAGCGGCGCGGUGACAACCUGGGCAGCCCUGCUCUCUCCAUCGGUUUCUCUGUAACCCUGGGCCACCUCCUUGGAAUCUACUUCACAGGCUGCUCCAUGAACCCAGCACGCUCCCUGGCUCCGGCAGUCGUCACGGGCAAGUUUGAUGACCACUGGGUCUUCUGGAUCGGACCCCUGGUGGGCGCUAUCCUCGGCUCCCUCCUCUACAACUACCUGCUGUUCCCUUCCGCCAAGAGCCUGCAGGAACGCCUGGCGGUGCUCAAGGGCCUAGAGCCCGACACUGAUUGGGAGGAGCGCGAGGUGCGGCGGCGGCAGUCGGUGGAGCUCCACUCCCCGCAGAGCCUGCCGCGUGGGAGCAAAGCCUGAGCGCCCCGCCCCGCACUAUCCCGCACCGCAGCGCAGCGUACCGCAGCGCAGUCAGCGACCGCCCGCCCCUUCCCUCCCCCCGGCGCACCGUCCGCC